AUGGAAUCGACGGGGAACGAAGAGCAAGUGGACCACGAGUCUCGCCUCGAUACCUCGGCGACAGCGUAUAGUAGACGAAGACCGGCCAGCACAGACGCGCUUUCACUCACCGAGACGCUGACGUGCCCCAACUCUCUCGAGACGGAGAUGAACGUUACUGCUGAGGAUCGCAAAGAGUUUAGGCCAGUACUCGAGGUCCUUUCGCUCGAGCCACCGCCGCUCGGGAAUAGUGGGUUGAUUCGAGGACCGACGUGGCGCACAAAGACGAUUGGGAGGCUUAGGUUCCCCGAUACGACAAAGCGCUCUCUGGAUGCCCUCGUGACAAACUCGUUUACGCCGACGCAGCUGCCAGCUGCUCGCCAUAUCCAACGGUUCAUCCAAGCUAAUCCUGACACGUCUUUACCUCUUUUUCUCAUCACCAAGGAGAUUGCAGAGAUUUACGGAGAACAUGGAUGGUGUCUUAUCGGAAAGUGCGGCCUUGGACGUAUCACGUACAAGAUUGCCUGUUUGACAUCUACGAAUGACGUCACGGACGAGGAAUUGGUAAAGGAUUCAUCACGGAGACGGAUUGAUAUCCUUUGUGGUCACAUCCGGGAUCGACACUUUGAACAAAUGCUAUUCAGGUGCCGCCUCUGUCCAGCGUCGUACAUGAGUCAAGACGAGCUCAGUCGCCACUGGCGGACGCAUGCGGUCGGCGAUACAGAACGCUCGUUACUCCAUUCGCCGUCUGUAUCCUCACGACUUGGUGCGCUCCAGCAGAUGCUGUCUUCGAAGCGAGCUAGUUGGGCCCAAUCCCAUACGACGUCUACAAUCAGUUCCUCAGUUUCGUCAAACCUUUUCAUCACUAGCUCUCAGCAAGCUUCACCUUCUGCGAGUCCCGAGCUCGCACAACUUGACUUAUGGGUAGAGGGCAACCUUGCCUCUACCGACAACGACCAUAGACGCUCCUUGAUAACUUUAUUUCCUCCUAACGACCGUAUAAUAGCCUAUAUCUCGAGACCGGGCUCUCCAACGCCUGCAGUUUGGCCUAAUGCACGAGAGGACCCAAUCGAACCGACAGCCGGAGAAGAGGAUAAUUCGACCUUGGAUAUCAUGAACAUAAUCUAUGACGCACAGGAACGGGCCAAUGCAGACACCUUUUCCCUCGCAGAGACACUGACAUGUCCCAACUCAUUAGAGGUGGACAUGGACGUCGGUACCAAGGAUUAUGAAAAGUAG